GUGCCGCCGGCCGGAGCCGAGGAUGCUGCUGCCGCUGCCGCCGCUGCUGUUGCUGCUGCCGCUGCUGCUGGCGGAGGGGCGGCGGGCGGCAGAGCUGCGGCUUGGGCUGUGGGGCAGCCCCCGGGGGAAGGUGAGCCCGGCCUUCCUCUCCCUCACCCUAGAUGCCAGCCUCGCCCGGGACCCGCGCUACGUCGCCUUGCUCAGCAAUCCGAAACUGAUCGCCCUGGCAACGGCCCUGUCCCCAGGGUUCCUGAGGUUUGGUGGCACCGAGACAGAUUUUCUCAUCUUUGAUCCCAACAAGGAUUCAACUUUGGAAGAAAAAAUCCUCUGGGAACUUCAGGCCGAGCAAGAGACUUGUGGCUCCAGGCCUGCGUUUGCCGCUGUGGAACAGCUGCUGCUGGCCCAGUGGCCCAGCCAGGAGAAGCUGAUUCUUGCAGAGCAUAACUGGAAAAAGCACAAAAACACCACCAUUACAAGAAAUACGCUGGAUAUUCUCUACAGCUUUGCAGUCUGCUCCAAGUUUCACCUGGUUUUUGGCCUCAAUGCCUUGCUGCGAAAUGGUGGCUUGCAGUGGGACAGCUCAAAUGCCCAGGCGCUGCUAGACUACUGUGCCUCGCAGAGGUACAACAUCUCCUGGGAGCUUGGGAACGAGCCCAACAGCUUCAGGAAGAAAUCUGGCAUCUACAUCGAUGGCUUCCAGCUGGGGCAAGAUUUUAUUCACUUACGCCAACUUCUAAGUAACUACACCCUCUACAAGCACGCAAAGCUCUAUGGUCCUGAUGUUGGGCAGCCCCGAAAGCACACGCAGAGGCUGCUGAGAAGCUUCCUGAAAUCGGGAGGGAAGGUGAUCGACUCCGUCACGUGGCACCAUUACUAUGUGAAUGGACGAAGUGCAACAAGGGAGGAUUUCUUGAGCCCUGAAGUGCUGGAUACCUUUGCCACAGCUGUACAUGAAGUCCUGCAGAUUGUUGGUGGGACUGUGCCCAACAAGAAGGUCUGGCUAGGAGAGACGAGCUCUGCCUAUGGAGGGGGAGCUCCCAGGCUGUCCAACACUUACAUUGCUGGCUUUAUGUGGCUGGACAAACUUGGGCUUUCAGCCAGGCAGGGAAUUGACGUGGUGAUGAGACAGGUUUUCUUUGGGGCAGGGACCUAUCACUUGGUGGAUGCCAACUUUGAGCCUUUACCGGACUACUGGCUGUCGCUGCUCUACAAGAAGCUGGUGGGUACCAAGGUGCUGCAGGUCAGCCUGGCAGGAGCCAACGAGAGGAAGCUCCGUGUCUACCUCCACUGCACGAAUGCCCUCCACCCAAAGUACAGAGAAGGGGAUGUGACGCUGUUUGUCUUAAACCUCUACAACGUCACCCAGCAUUUGCAGCUACCAAGUUACUUAUCAAGCAAGUACGUGGAUCAGUACCUCUUACUGCCUCAUGGCAAAGAGAAUAUACUUUCCAGGUCCAUUGAGCUGAACGGCCGUGUGCUACGGAUGGUGGAUGACAAAACGCUGCCAGAGCUCAUUGAAAAACCCCUUGGUCCUGGCAGCAUACUCGGCCUUCCAGCCUUCUCUUAUGGCUUUUACGUUAUCAAAAAUGCCAAAGCUAUUGCAUGCAUUUAAAUGGUUAAUACAUGUGCACGGUAUAAAUGUAAAGCACUUGGCUAGUAGAGAAGUUUAAUCCUAGAAAUUCACUUUUCUACCACAAGACUAAAUUCUGGCAAGAGAUGCAAAUGUGGUGGCACUGGUAUGGUUGUGGGCUGGGGAAGACAUAAGGACCUGCUGGGUAAUUUGUACAUUAAAGAUGCUCAUUAAGCUCCCUGAAGAAUUAUCCAGGUAGAGCAAGCCCAGGCAGGGGCUGGUUUUGCUCUCCGUCCAGCCUAGGUCACUGUGCUUGGGCAUGGGGCCCUUCUCCACACCACAUGUGGAGCUGCAUCAGCUUCUCACGCUGCACUUGGGGCUCUGCCAGCCAGGAACUGCAACUUCCCCUCUCCCUUUUGUUUCUGCAAGAAAGUUCCUUCAAAGGCUUGCCUUCAGAAAGGAUGAGCAGGGGGGUUAUUUUAGCUGUACAGCUGUGAUUUUUGCCUGUGCCUUGUGGGGAAGCCUGAGGAGGGGUUGUGGUUGCUGAGGGCAUCUCGAGGUGGAAAGCAAGGACGCACAAAGUAAACUGAGGUCAGAGUGCCUGCAGGGGAAACCAAGCACCUUGCCGAGGACCCAGGUCCUCCAUGGGAUUUGGGGCAGCACUGCAAUUUUUUUCCAGGCUAGGAGAGUUGAGUCACAAGAUGGAGCUGUGGCCACGUGCUUUCCAAAGGCGAGUUUUCCACACGUGAAAUACAGGCUGUUCCCGCAGGGUGGUCCACUGCUGUCCUCACAAGCUUCAUCCACAGGAGGAAAGGAUAGGAGCCCACCAGUGCCCUGGCAAACCCUCUGUGGUCAGUGGGCUGCACAGUGAGGGCUCGUGACUCCUCAACCUUCACCACCCUGCAGGUGGUUCAGCUGGAAAGGACUUCCCUGAACCUAUCUGCAGGCGAAGUCCUGCCUUAUGGUCUCUUCUGCCCUCGUGGAGAUGGGAGAGUAAGGAGACUAAGCACAUCACCCACCCCUCGACCAUCAGCUCAGUGGCCUUAGAGCAUCCUGGGGACAAUCCUGCCCAGCCAGGCUGACAUCCCUCCUGCUGGGGAAACAGCCAUUUUGGCCAGUAAUCUAUGUUGGUGGUGGGUGGCUUUUCUUCUCAACUGUGCCUUCCCCAUGCCCGCCUUGCUGUGGUUUGGUGUGCCACUGGCUGCUUUCCUCUGGCACAGGGGCUGCCUGUCUGCAGGGGAGCAGAAUGCCUCGGAGAAUACCUGUGGUCUCCUGCACGUGUUUAUUUGCAUUUACUUUUCUUGAUAAUAUAUAACCCAUGUCGCUGUCAAUGCCUUACGAUAUUUUGAGCACAGCAGGGAAAAACGCCACCACCACACCACUGUAUUUCCCUUUUUAAGCUUUAAAAGGAUGUUACCAGCUACCAGGGGUUUCAACAACAUGGGGAGGGGGAAGAACAGUUAAAAUUAAAACACUUUAAAAACAGAUGUACUUUUGAAGCUAUGAUGAAAAAUUGCACAAUAAAAAGGUUAUAUUUAAGUUCUGUGUGUUGAAGGAGUGUUUGCAUCCACAGCGCAGAUGCAUUCUGUGAAGUGUUGCAUAUGAGGGGGUAAUAUAGAUCACAAUGAGAAUAAAGAAGGUUGUUUCUUUA